UAUACAUACACAUUAUUUCAUGUUUUUACACACAUAUAUAUCUAUAUUUAUUUAUAUUUAUUUAUAACAUUUUUACUUGCAUAAAAAAUCUACUACUAGUUUGUAUUGUAUUUGUAUGGAAGGAAUUCAACCCUCCUCUGGCAACGACGUCGUUUCAGCUCAACCCCAUCAAGGGAAUGGGGGAGAUGACGGCAGCAGCGGCGGCGGCGGCGGGUUUAGUGAAGAAGGUGGUGGUGACCGGAGCUCUAGCGGAAACAGGUGGCCGAAACAUGAAACAUUGGCUUUGAUUAAAAUCCGGUCAGAAAUGGAUGCAGCUUUUCGUGAUUCUAAUCUUAAAGGUCCUCUAUGGGAUAAUGUUUCCAGGAAAUUAUCCGAGCUAGGAAUUCAUCGAAGUGCCAAGAAAUGCAGGGAGAAAUUUGAGAACGUGUCUAAGUAUCAUCGACGAACGAAAGAAGGGAGGUCGUCAAAAUCUGAUAAAAUCUACCGGUUUUCUGAUCAAUUGCAAGCUUUGGAGUCGAGCACUCGUGGUUCAUUUCCUCCCCCUCCGCCUCCUGUUGUUGUGAAACCUCUGCCGGUGUUGGUGGGAAUGUCUAAUAAUGCUACUGUCCCGUCAACUAAUACUGCAACUGGAUUGGAUCAGAACAACGUGAGUCCAAUCUCGGUUGCAGCACCGGCAGUGAUGGCAGUGCCGCCACCACCAGUGAUGAAUCAUAAAAGGACUUUCCCUUUUUCACAAUCGAACAUGUCAGGAUCGACAAAUUCGGCUUUCUCGUCGGAUACCUCAUCGGAUGAUGAGCCACCACCAAAGAAGAGAAAAUGGGAGAGUUUCUUUGAGAAGUUGAUGAAGGAAGUGAUCAAGAAGCAAGAAGAACUACAAUUGAAAUUUAUUGAUACCCUCGAGAAAAGGGAGAGAGAUCGAAUGGCCAGAGAGGAGGCCUGGAGAGCCCUUGAGAUUGCAAAGAUGAAUCAAGAACACGAGCGGUUAGUUCAAGAAAGAUCCAUUGUGGCUGCCAAAAAUGCUGCUUUUGUCACAUUUCUGCAAAAGAUGACUGGACAGAACACUGAUGCGGGCAAACUGAUCAGUGACGAACUUAGAGAAAAGCUAACAGAUCUUCUGUCUCCGCCACAGCCACUAUCGCCACCAAUCAAGGUCAUACCGCAGCAACAAAUUUACCAAACAUCACUAGCCACUCAACAAACACCAACACCACCAACACCAACACCACCACCACCACCACCAACUCAACAAACGUUACCUCCACAACCAUCGGUGGCUGUACAGCCAUCGGUGGUAAAGCCUCUUUACAAUGGUGGCAGUGGAGAAGCGAGCAUGCUAUCACCAAGUCCAUCACGGUGGCCGAAAGCCGAGAUAAGUGCAUUGAUUACUCUACGAACGCAACUAGACAUGAAAUAUCAAGAAAAUGUCCCAAAGGGGCCGUUAUGGGAGGAAAUAUCAUUGGGGAUGAGGAGCCUUGGUUACAACAGAAAUGCCAAAAGGUGCAAAGAAAAAUGGGAGAACAUUAACAAAUACUACAAGAAAAUGAAAGAAGGCAAUAAAAAGAGAUCAGAGGAUUCAAAAACAUGCCCUUAUUUUGACCAACUUGAUGCUAUUUACAAAGAGAAAUCCACUCCAAUAGUAGCACAACCCGAAAACCAAUGGCCACCAGCAACCAUGGUGCAAGAAAAACCAACAUCAACACCGCAACAGCAAUGGCAGCUUCCGACUGUUGUCCAAGAAACGCCCAAGCAACCGUCGUCUGUUGCAGACAUGGUUGAUCAAGGGAGUAUGAGUGAUGAAGAUGAUUAUGACGAUGACGACGAGGAUGGCGAUGAUGGUUACGAGGAUGAAGAUAAGGAAGAUGAAGGUAAUGGAUACGAGAUUGUUGCCAAUGCAAGCAAGGUAUCUUCUAUGGCUGCUGUCUAAGAGAGAAAGUUUUCGUUUUUUUAUUGUUGUUGAACAGUAAUCAAUGAACAGAGGUGCGUGAAAUGGGUCAAAGGGUAAACGGGCCGGGUUGUGGUUGGUUGGUGAAAUUUGAAUGGGAACACAUGGGCAUAUUAUGUGGGAGUUACUUGGAAAGAUGGCAAUAUUAUUUUUUAUUGGUUAAAUAUCUGUAUUUUUAUAUAUUUUUUUGCUUUCAAUUAUUUCAAUCAUAUAAUUGAAUAAAAAAGUUGUUAAUUGCAUAUUCUUUUAUUGUUAUCAUAUACAUGUUUUAAAUACA